CUCGCAGACAGGCUUGCUGCAGCUUUCAGAGCCACUCAAACGUCCCUCCCCUCUCGAACAACACACGAACGCAAGCUCCCAAGAACGCAGCGCGAUUGGAUUUGGAAGCUUCUACAUGGGGCACCGAGGCUCGUAGACGAAGCAGAGGAGACCAGAAAAAUCGAGGAGCAAGAGGAAGGGAAGCAGGAACCCAUGGCGUUCCUCCUCCCCAAGCUCACCACGCCGUCCUGCAAGUCGCCCCAGAGCCCCUUCAAGCCGCAGCUUGGACUUCCGGGUCACGGCGGCGGCAAGCUUCACGGCUCCGGCGCGGCGCAGGCCGCGGCCCCGGGCCACCUCAGCCUCCUUCUCCUGCUCAGCGCCUCGCAGCAAGAAGCCGCCGCCGUCCCCGCGGCCAAAUCCACGGAGACUAAAAACCGGGGCAAGGGCGGCGGCAGGGCCGGUGGGGAUCCUCAAAGGUCGGAUUUUUACCUUAAUCUCGGGACGGCGGUGCGCACGCUGCGCGACGACCUGCCCGCUGUGUUCGUCCGGGAACCCAACUACGAUGUCUACCGUGAAGACAUCACAUUUGUUGACCCACUGAACACUUUCCAUGGGAUUGACAACUACAAGACAAUCUUCUGGGCACUUAGAUUCCACGGGCGUCUACUAUUCCGUGAGAUUGGGCUUGACAUAUCACGCAUUUGGCAACUGACAGAGAACUCAAUAGUUGUCCGGUGGGAGCUGUGGGGCACCCCGCGUGUCCCGUGGGAAUCAUACGGCUGCUUCAGUGGCACAUCGAGAUACAAGGUUGACAGGAAUGGCAAAAUCUACGAACAUAAAGUUGACAACUUGGCAUUGGACUUCCCGCGUUCAGUAGCGAAAGUGGGCAGCAUUGCUGACAUGGUUGUUGCCACAUGCCCGCCAAGCCCCAAUUUGACAUUUUGGGACGUUGUUGGGACAGGCAAUGGGUGCUCAUGGACAAAGCUUUAUGAAGCGGUGGUGGAAGCUGUGGAGUGGGAAGGCCAUAGUUCUACAGGCAUUGGCAUUGAAGGUCUAGUCACUUGUUCAUAGGAUGGAAUGAGCUCCAGGACUAGUUGCUUGGUAGUGAGUUUUCCUAGGGGAAAUGUAUAGAAUGUGGGUACAUGAAUCACAAUACUACUAAUAUCUCUUUGUAUGCUGUAGCUCUAGAACAACAAAUUUAGAUAAAAUACAUGCUAGAUGGCUAUAUUUGAUCACCCUUGUCACAUUCUGGGAUAAUGCCUUUCACCGCUUAUGUCUUGUGAAAUCCACGGAUGUUGAAUGAAAUAUGCUUCUUAACUCU